UUUUCCAAAUAAAUAAAUUGUUGUUGGAUGAGUCGACAUCCGCUGAUGAUUAUAUGAGGAACAUGGCUUUUGCUAUGAGAGUUAAAUUUGACAAAUAUUGGGGUGAUUGCAAUCUCCUAAUGUCUGUUGCAGCUGUCUUGGAUCCUCGUUGGAAAAUGAAGUUCAUACAUUUUACUUUUAGCAAGAUGUAUACACCUCUUGAAUUAGACUCUAAAAUUAAGCAAGUUGAGGAUGUAAUGUUGCAAAUUUACAACACGUAUGCAAGCGAUAUUGCUAGUUCUAGUUCUGCAAUUGGCAAUGUUUCUUCGGAGUUGCAAACUGAUUCGGUUAAUUCACAAAGUUAUGAUUGCAUGCUUGCAUUUACAGAUUAUGUUCUUUCAUCUGGUUCCAUUCAACCUUCAAAAUCAGAUUUACAAGUCUAUCUCGAAGAGGGUCUUUUUUUGGCCAAUACUGAACAUUUUGAUAUUCUUGAUUGGUGGAAGUUGAACACGCUGAAGUAUCCUUGCUUAUCGAAAAUGGCUAGGGAUAUAUUAUCGAUUCCAAUAACAACAGUUGCCUCUGAAUCUGCAUUUAGUACUGGUGGAAGAGUUCUAAAUGACUAUAGAAGUUCACUUUCGUCAAAAACAGUGAAUGCAUUAAUAUGCUCGUCUAGUUGGAUUAGAUCGUCCACCACUCAUUCGAAAACACCUAUGGUAACUCUCUCAAUAAUUAGCUUGUAUGGUAUAUGUUUUUUUUCAUCUUAAAACUGAUAUUGAUAUAUAUUUCCUACCAGCAAGAAUUAAUGGAAGAGGAACAACUUGAAGUAGCUUUACCCGAGUAAAUAGCGGGGAAUGAGGAAAUGAUAUUUGCUGAAAUUCUAUUACCCGAACAAUUACCUGAUGUUUGCUUUACCCAAGGAAAUUAUUGUUAACAUUUUAUGUCAUACAUGUUUGUUGAACUUCCAGAAUUAUGCUUUUUUGGAGAUGUUACUAUGCCUUUCCAAAUUAAUUUUGUACUAUAGCUUUCCAAAUGAAUUUGUUGCAUUCUGGAAGUUGUUCCAAUUACCUGAUGUUUGUUGAACUUCCAGAAAACAG